AUGGCGGAGAGGCUCUGCACCACCAGUGAGAGCAAAGCAGCCGUGGCUGGCGGCGGGGACCGUUUGAGCGCCCUCCCAGAAGAUGUGAUCCGGCUGGUGCUGUCCUUCCUGCCCUCCGAAGAAGCGGUGCAGACGUGCCUGCUCGCCACUCGCUGGCGCAACCUCUGGAAGUCCGUGCCGUCCCUUCGUAUCUACAGCUGCUGCUAUGGCACCGAUGAUUUUAUCGACAGCCUGCUUCGCUACCGUGACCGUGAUGCGCCUCUGCAUGAAUGCGAGAUCCUCGUUGAAGCCGAUUGCUCGGACGAGCUUCACCGAAAUGCCGAGCGGUGGCUCCGUUAUGUGGUGUCGCUCAAAGUGAGGGUUCUUCGGUUCGACAUGUUAAAUCAUGCUGAUGGUUUCCCGCUCUCAGCUGGGCCUCUCGUCUCCGAGCACUUGACAAGGCUAGAUCUUUUCCGUGUUGGGUCCAAGGACCUCCCUUUAGAUGUUUCGGGCUGUCAAUCACUUGAGGAGUUGGAGAUCCGCCAAAGUGCAGUUGACAUUGGGAGCGUUGGGACUCGCUUCCCAAAAUCUUUGCGACUUCUAAGAAUCAGAGAUGUAAAUUUUCUGCCCAAGGAUACCCGGUCUUCCAUUUCUGCACCAGGUCUGCUUACCUUGGAACUAGUUGAUUGUUUGGGGAAGACUCCGUUCCUGAGCAUGCCAUCAUUGGUAACGGCAUUAAUCGGGGUUGGACACGAUUGCGGGCGUUCCUAUUACUGCAAUGCCUGUGGUGGUGUGUCAUGUCCGGAGUGCUAUGGUAUAGAUGUUUGUGUGCUUCUCAAAGGUUUGUCAAGUGCUAUGAAUUUGGAGCUGAUGGGUCUUAGCUCUAUGAUCUUCAGAAGGGAGAUAAAAUGGUGCCCUACGUUUAGCAACCUCAAAACAUUGUUGCUUGGUGACUGGUUUAUGACUGCUAACUUCAGUGGACUAGUUUGCUUUCUCCGGCACUCACCAGUUCUAGAGAUGCUUCAGCUUCGACUUAGUAUUUUUUCUAAGGAAAUUGAAACGAGCCAAGUCUAUAAGCCAAAGAAACAAUUCUUGGUGUCGAAGCAUCUCAAGGCAGUCGAAAUCAUAUGUUGCGAGGGAGUUGGAAAGAUUGACCAGAUAUUAAAUGUCCUUGCUUACCAUGGAGUAAAACCAGAACUAAUUAGCAUUGAAAGGGAGCCCUCUAUUGGCUGCUUCAGUUGUAACACCACGUAG